AAGCCUUUCAAUAAUCGACGAUUGCCUUAUUGCUGGUAUCGUAAUAUAUCUAGGUCAAAGUAGCGAGCGCCACGACAUAAAACCCGUGAUCAUGAUAGACCUAGACGGAUUGGAUUCGGGUCCAGAAAUCAACACGCCAGAGUUUGAGAUGGAUUCUCAACGCCAACCGCUCGCGCUCAUCAGCAAAACCCUCGAGCAUAAUUUCAUGAUACCAGAUUUCCUCUAUGCGAACGCAGUUCAGCUAAGGGACAGAUUCCUAAAAACCCUGACCCAGUCAACUGGGCAAGCCAAAGAAGUCGAAAACCCGUCCUCUACCGUCGAACUUGUCUCCAGAUUUCUCGGCUUCAUCGUCCGAGAGAUAGAGAACGAUGUGGACCCUAGCCUUGAUAGAGAAGUGCUGGAGUUUACUCUGCGAUCAUUCGAGCAGGAGUUGUUGCACAACGAGGAAGUCCACGCCUUCGUUGCGAAGCUUUCAGACGAAACCAACAAGCACAAGGUCAUUCAGUUAUACUAUCUAGCUGUUGGAGCUAUCAGACGACCAACAGGCUCUCCGGACUCGGCUCUCAUGUUCGCGGCGUCGACAGGGGCCGCUCGUGUGUAUGCGGUAUUUGGGGGGCAGGGGAAUACCAAGACAUAUCUAGACGAGCUAAGGGAGGUGUAUAAGACGUACCCAUCAUUGACAAGACGCUUCCUCGUUCCUGCAGCGCGGUACCUCGAACGCUUGUCGCGCGAUGAGAGAGCGUCUCCCGCCUUCAUUCAUGGCCUCGACAUCAUGCGUUGGCUUGAACAGCCCGAUUCGCAGCCAGAUUUUGACUACUUGGUUUCUGCAUCGGUGAGCUUUCCUAUUAUCGGGUUAAUGCAGAUCCUCCAUUAUGUAGUUACGGUCUCUGCUCUCCGUACGCAUCCUGGUGGCAUGAGGGCCUGCCUCUCGGGUGCGACAGGUCACUCGCAGGGCAUCAUUAUUGCUGCUAUUAUCGCGGCAUCAACAAGCUGGGAAAGCUUCGAAAUUCAGGGCAAAAAUGCGCUCACGAUUUUAUUUUGGAUCGGAGUUCGCAGCCAGGAAGCAUAUCCACUUCCCUCCAUCUCGCCAAGUACGCUCGAGGACUCGAUAGCUCACGCAGAAGGCGAGCCAACCGCAGCGCUAUCUAUCAGAGGCAUGUCCCGCGGGACGCUGGAGAAGCAUAUCGCCAACGUGAACAGAGCCCUUCCCGAAGAUCGACAAAUACUCGUGGCCUUGGUUAAUGGGCCAAACAAUUUUGUCAUCGUCGGUCCACCUAUGGCAUUAUACGGACUCAACAUACAACUUCGGAAGGUCAAGGUAGACGGCGAUGUUGAUGAGUCCCGCAUACCCUUCAGCCAGAGAAAGCUACACAUCAUUAACAAGUUUCUGCCAAUAACCGCGCCUUUUCAUAGCCCCUAUCUACAACCAGCGACCGCCGCCCUAGAGCAGGAUCUCAGAGGGAUUAAGAUAUUUGCUGAGGAGCUUGCUAUCCCAGUUUACUCCACAUUUAGUGGCCAUGAUAUAAGGGGUGAAGUACAGGGGAAAGCUAACAUCGUACCCUCUCUCGUCAAGAUGAUCUGCAAAGAUCCGGUUCAUUGGGACAAAGCCGUUGCGAUGCCCGAUGCAACACACAUCCUAGACUUUGGCCCUGGACGGACCGCAGGAGUUUCCGGGCUCACAAGCCGCAUCAAAGACGGCACUGGAGUCCGCGUCAUCCUCGCCACUAACAGCACGAAUCCCACACACCCCGAGAUUGUAUGCAAGGAUGAAAUAUUUACCCGAGAUCCCUCGCGACUAGUGUACGGCACAAACUGGGCCAAGCAGUACGGACCGAAGCUGAUCAGGGAUUCGACAGGCCGGACGUGUGUAGAUACGAGAAUGAGUAGACUCCUCGGCCUUCCGCCUGUUCUCGUCGCCGGCAUGACACCUACUACCGUACACUGGGAUUUCGUGGUGGCAGCAACAAGAGCCAGCUACGAAGCCGAGUUAGCCUGCGGCGGUUAUUACGAUGCGGAUAGUCUAACUGAGGCGAUCUCUAAGAUUGCGAGAUGCAUCCCCACGGGCCGUGGGAUUGUGCUAAAUGUCAUCUAUGCGAACCCUAAAGGCAUAGCUUGGCAAAUUCCCCUGAUAAGAGAUUUGUGCUCGAAAGGGCUGCCGAUUAAGGGGCUUACUAUUGGAGCUGGCGUUCCGUCGCUCGAGAUAGCAAAUGGCUAUAUCAGAACUCUCGGGAUCCAACAAAUAAGCUUCAAACCGGGAUCAACGCAGGCUAUCCGGCAGGUGAUCAACAUUGCUCAAGCUAACCCCGGGUUUCCAGUCAUACUUCAGUGGACGGGCGGGCGUGGUGGCGGACAUCACUCAUGCGAGGAUUUCCAUGAGCCAAUUUUGGGACUGUACAGCAGGAUACGGCGCUGCCGUAAUAUUGUGCUUGUUGCUGGCUCCGGCUUUGGUGGUCCGGAUGAUACUUACCCCUAUUUGAAUGGCACCUGGGCUACGAAAUUUGGCCGCCCACCCAUGCCUUUUGAUGGAAUUCUUCUUGGAAGCCGUUGUAUGGUUGCUAAGGAGGCACACACGUCGAAGGGUGCCAAACAGGCCAUCGUGGACGCUAAAGGCCUUGAUGGUGAAGAGUGGGAAAAGACGUAUCGAAAACCCGCCGGUGGAGGUGGUAUCGUCACUGUUCGUUCGGAGAUGGGGGAGCCGAUUCACAAACUUGCUACUCGCGGCGUCGUAUUCUGGGCUGAGAUGGAUCAGAAAAUUUUUAGCCUUCCCAAGGAGAAACGAAUUCCGGAAUUGAAGAAGAAAGAGACGCGCGAUUACAUUAUGCGGCGGCUAAACGCCGACUUUCAGAAGCCAUGGUUCGGUCGUACAUCGUCUGGGAAGGCUGUCGACCUUGGUGAGAUGGCCUAUUCUGAGGUCAUCUUCAGGAUGGUCGAGCUGAUGUUUGUAAAACAUCAGAAGAGAUGGAUCGACAAGUCUCUUGCUCGAGCAACUGGGGACUUUAUGCGUUAUGUGGAACGACUCCUCUCUGUUUACUCGGUGCCUGGGAGCGACUCAACCACAAAGACUUAUGAUGAUCUAGACGAUCCCCUCCCUAUGGUCGAAGAGUUCUUCAAGGCGUACCCACUCGCAACCUCACAGCUCAUGAAUACUCAGGACUGCUUAUAUUUUCUUGACAUCUGCAGAAGACCCGGGCAGAAGCCGGUUCCUUUUAUCCCGUGCCUAGACGAGAACUUCGAAUUUUGGUUUAAAAAAGAUUCCCUGUGGCAGUCCGAGGACCUCGAUGCUGUCGUCGACCGGGAUGUAGGUAGGGUCUGUAUACUCCACGGACCGGUCGCGGCCCAGUAUUCGACUUCGACCGAGGAACCGAUUAAGGAAAUUCUCGACAGUCUACAUGUCGGUCAUGUACGGAUGUUAACGCGCGACUUAUACAAGGGAGAGGACAGGAACAUACCAGUCAUCGAAUAUUUAGGGAGCGCUAUGGUAGAAAAUACCCAGCCUGCUCGUCCGGUCUUAGAAGGGGUCUCCAUCUCGGAGACGGGCAGUGUUCUCAGAUUAUUUAUCCCAGGAACUACCCUUCCGGAUAGGGGCGAGUGGAUGCAAUUGCUUUCAGGGAGACAGGCUACCUGGCGACAAGCCCUUUUCGCGACGAAUAUUGUCGUCCAGGGGUAUUGUUUCGAAGCGAAUCCCCUGCACCGUCUUCUUGCCCCCUUUCGUGGGAUGGCGAUAGAAAUGGCAUACCCGGAGGACAAAGCGAGAACCACCGUCACUGUCGAGGAGCCUUUCGGCAACAAACAGCUUCCAACCAUCAAGAUCGGCCCCAUAUCCGGCAACACCAUCCCCCUAUAUCUCAUCGAACACCGUACCGCCUCGAGGCGGCCGGUGGCACUACAGCUGCUGUUUACCUACCACCCCGAAUCAGGAUAUGCGCCAAUUCGUGAGGAGAUGAGUUUCCGGAAUGAACGCAUCAAGGACUUCUACUAUAAGAUUUGGUUCGGAAAAGACAGGAUCACAGCGCCCAUGACCAUGGUAGACCCUUGUGAUAUACGGUUCAAUGGGAGCACCGUCGCCGUCUCUAGUGCCGCAAUUCGGGAUUUCGCACGAGCAAUCGGUAACACUUCUGAGGCCUAUAUCGAACGGCAAGGCCGAGACCACCUUGCGCCUAUGGACUUCGCAAUUGUUGUUGGCUGGAGGGCUCUUCUAGAGCCCCUAUUUGAUGCUGUCGAUGGCGACCUGCUGAAACUCGUCCAUCUCUCGAACCGCUUCCGUAUGCUCGCUGGGGCGACCCCUUUUAAGAAGGGAGACAACCUGAGUACAACUUCUGAGAUUACCGCCAUCGUCAAUCAAGAUUCGGGACAGCUCGUCGAGGUCUGCGGAACUAUCUCACGAGACGACGGCACGCCGGUGAUGGAAGUCACUUCGCAGUUCCUCUAUCGCGGUGUGUCUCCCCCAUUCGAGAAGACAUUCAAGCGCACGGCCGAGACGCCCUUCAGGCUCCUUCUCAAGAGCGCCAAAGAUGUCGCUGUGUUAAAGAGUAAGAAAUGGUUCAUAUGGGAGGGGGCAAAUCUACCGUCAGGCCACAAUGUUGUAUUCAAGCUGCAGACCUCUGUACGGUUCCGAGACAAAGCCGUGUUCUCCCACGUCGAGACAUUCGGCACCGUCGAACUAGAGCAGCAAGCUACCAAGGGGCUCGUCCGCGUAGGCACGGUACGCUACGUCGCCGACGGGCCUUCGCAUGGUAGUCCCGUCCUCGAGUACCUUCAGAGACACGGCUCUAAGCUCGGUCAGCCGGUCUACUUCGAACGCCCGAUUCCAGUACGCAACGACCGCAGUAAAGCUGCCCUGGAGAUCGACAUACCAGCGUCCAACGAGACGUAUGCGCGCGUAUCUGGCGACUUCAAUCCUGUCCACGUUUCGCGCGCCUUCUCACGGUACGUUAACUUACCGGGAACCAUAACGCACGGUAUGUACACCAGCGGCGCGGUGCGGAGUCUGGUCGAGGCCUGGGUGACGGAUAGCCACGGCAACAGAAUGCGAGAUUUCUACGUCAAGUUUAUUGGAAUGGUCCUGCCCGGCGAUCGGCUUGAGGUCCAGGUGCAUCACGUUGGCAUGGUGUCAGGCAGCAUGGUGGUGCAGAUCGAGGCGACCAAGAAGGACAGGGCGAGGGAGAAGGUCUUGGUCGGGGAGGCCAUCGUUGAGCAGCCGACAUCUGCCUACGUCUUCACCGGCCAGGGUUCGCAGGAGAAGGGGAUGGGGAUGGAGCUGUACGAGAAGAGUUCCGUCGCGAGGGGCAUUUGGGACCGCGCGGAUAAGCAUUUCCUUGAUACAUUUGGCUUCUCUAUCCUCGAGAUCGUCCGGAACGACCCAAAAGAGCUCACCGUCUACUUUGGUGGCGCGCGAGGAAAGGCGAUCCGGCAGAACUACAUGGCCAUGGCGUGCCAGGGCCUCGAGCUGGGCUCGGACGGUGGCCCCAGGCUCGUGAAGGUCUUCAAGACCAUCACGGAAUGGACUGGGUCGUACACGUUCCGGUCCCCUACCGGCCUCCUCUCGGCGACCCAAUUCACGCAGCCAGCACUGACGCUGAUGCAGAUGGCAGCGUUCGAGGACCUCCGCGCUCGGGGAGUGAUCCAGGAAGACAGCGUCUUCGCCGGGCACUCUCUCGGGGAGUACAGCGCGCUUGCCUCGAUUGCCAGGGUGAUGCCAGUGGAGACGCUGGUAUCGGUGGUCUUCUAUCGCGGCCUAUGCAUGCAAGUGGCGGUAGAGCGGGACGAGCAGGGGGGCUCCAAUUACUCGAUGUGCGCGGUCGAUCCGUCACGGGUGGACGAGCGAUUCAGCGAGCAGGCUCUCCAGCACGUCGUUGAGACCAUUACCGCCGUAGCCGGCUCGUUCCUCGAGAUCGUCAACUAUAACGUCCGCAACGUGCAGUAUGUCUGCGCUGGCGAUCUACGUGGCCUUGACGUGUUAGGCGAGGUCUUGGGCUGCAUCCGAGAGCGCAAAGUGGAACUAGGGACGUGGGAGGCGGCCGGAGAACACCACGAUGCUCUCGUGACCGUCGUCGAGGAGGCGUGGCGGCGCUCACGAGCCAAACCCGAGCCGCUUAGGCUAUCGCGCGGCCGAGCGACGGUGCCGCUCCGGGGCAUCGACGUGCCCUUCCACAGCUCGUACCUACGGCCCGGGGUCCAGUCAUUCCGCUCCUUUCUGCUCCAGAAUCUAAACAAGAACAGCAUCGACCCAAACCAACUAGUCCAGAAGUAUAUCCCCAACCUCACGGCGAAGCCUUUCGAGCUCACGCAAGAAUACUUUGAAUACGUGUACCAGAUGACUCGAUCGCCUUUGAUCGGCAACGUUCUCCAAGGCUGGAAUAAGUACAUGCCUGUUUAGACGAUAGCGAGGUGGGCACAUGAACAGGGGGGGGGGGGUAGUUUAGCGACCCGAGCACAUGUUUCCUUGCGUCAACCGAAGAGAAUCAGGUAUUUUGGCUUGUAGGAGUGGCGAUAUGUUGGACAAUGGAGCAGGUUUCCAUUUCCCGGUCCCAUCGCCAUGCUAAGGAGCGCGCCAA